AUGGCGUAUUCAACAGUCGAUGAACUCCUUCUUUCCCUGGGGCUGACGGCCAGCACCUGCCUGCAGUAUGAAUACCACAACGCCGAGAACUUCCUGUCUGUGCUGGACAAGGAGUACGAGCGCUUCGAAGCAGACAACACCAGAAGUCAGUACAUCGUCUUUCAUCGUGUUACCAGCAGACUCUUUGACCAAGACUUGCUCUUUCCCGAAAACCGUCUCCUUACUUUUGAGUCCUAUUUUCCAACCCUCGAAAUUCUCCUUGUCAAAAUGGAAAACGAGCGUCACGGCGUGGCGUCCAGGAAGUUUGGACACAUGUUAGUGGUGCAGCUAUCGCACAUGAAUAAUGAUCGACUCGACAACGGGUUAAUGCCUGUCGGCACCGCGCAUUUUCAGACAACUGAUCGCAUAAAACGAGCACAUGACUCUUUCCGGCCAAGGCGAUUUGGGUCCUCUAGAACGCGACAUUGGCCCUCGCUGGUUCUCGAGGUUGGAUUUAGUGAACCGUAUCGAAAGCUGAAGGAAGAUGCCAAAUGGUGGCUUACCUCGUCAAACGAUGAAGUCAAAAGUGUGGUUGUCAUUUCACUCAAUCAACGGUAUAGAGAAAUUGUCGUUGAGAAAUGGAUCAACAGAGGACAGCCAACUGUGGAAUACCGUACAGUCAUAUCACAGGAGGCUGGAAGGAAGAAAAUCAAUAUCAGCAACAAUCAGCCGCUUAUUAUUCGUUUUGACGAUCUUUUCCUUCGGCCAGCAAAUCAUAAUGAACAUAACAUUACCUUCAGCACUGAUAAUUGGAAGGAAUUCGCGGAUGUUGUGUGGGAGAGCCAAUUUGAGCAAGACUAUAAGCAGUUGGCCUAUUAUCUGAAAACAACAAAGCGAUGA